AUGGACAUAAAAGAAGAACCGCAAGACGAUUCUCCUUUCAGCACAGAAACAAAUGGCAAGCGUCCCGCCGAGGAUGCAGAUCAGCAGAAAUCGUUCAAGCGCUCCAGGAGCUCGGACGAGAUGAUUGAGCUCCGCAUCCUCCUGCAGAGUAAGAAUGCAGGGGCUGUAAUCGGGAAGGGUGGCAAAAACAUCAAAGCACUGCGUUCAGACUACAAUGCCAGUGUGUCAGUCCCAGACAGCAGUGGGCCCGAGCGCAUCCUGUGCAUCUGCGCCGACAUAGAGACCAUCGGUGAGAUCCUGCUCAAGAUUAUUCCAACUCUGGAGGAGUACCAGCAGUACAAUGGAAUGGAUUUUGAGUGUGAUCUCCGUAUACUGAUCCACCAAGGCCUGGCUGGCUCCAUCAUUGGAGUCAAGGGAGCCAAGAUCAAGGAGCUCAGAGAGAAUACAAAGACCAGUAUCAAGCUGUAUCAGGAUUGCUGUCCUCAGUCGACGGACCGCGUUGUGCUAGUUGGGGGUAAAAUGGAGCGUGUGGUUGAAUGUAUCAAGACCAUGCUGGAGGUCAUCAGUGUCGCUCCAGUCAAGGGCCGCGCACAGCCGUAUGAUCCCAAUUUCUAUGAUGAAACCUACGAAUACGGAGGCUUCACAAUGGCAUUUGAGGAGAGAGGCAGCAGCAGCAGCCGCCGACUAAUGAGCGGAUUCACUUCGCGAGGUAGCAGGCCAAGCGCUGGCGACCGUGGCUACGAUCGAAUGUCGUCAAGCAGGUCUGCACGGGGACCGCCGCCCCACUCUCGGAGGGAUUAUGAUGACAUUAGCCCCAGGCGGGGUCCUCCUCCGCACCAUCAGAGCAGAAACCGUGGCCACACUAUGUCCAUGGGUCGCUCACACAGAGGCGGAGAUGAUCGUUACUAUGACUCAUACCGUGGCUCUGAUGAAAGGUCAAAUGACAGAAGAGGCAGAACGGAUCGCUACAGCGAUAACAUGAGUGGAGGAGGAUAUGACAAUAGUUCUUCCUGGGAUAGCUACCAGUCAGGUGGGCGGAGCUCCUACAAUGACCCUGUCAUUACCACACAAGUGACCAUCCCCAAAGAUUUGGCGGGCUCCAUCAUCGGAAAGGGCGGCCAGCGAAUCAAGCAGAUUCGCCAUGAUUCUGGCGCGUCCAUCAAGAUCGACGAGCCGCUCGAGGGCUCUGAGGACCGCAUUAUUACCAUAAUGGGCACCCAGGAUCAGAUCCAGAAUGCCCAGUACCUUCUACAGAACAGUGUGAAGCAGUUCUCUGGUCAAUUGCUGUAG